CUCAGAUUUCGAAUCCUUGUUCCUCUUCCCCCUCCGCCGGCCGGACUUCCUCCGCCGCCCACACCCGCCUCGGCCUUGCCUUCCCUUCUCUCCCCCCACCCCAGCGCCAAACGAGAAGCACGCCUCCCUAUUUAACGGAGCCUACCGGUCGGCGCGGCGCCAUCCCCCUCCGCCGGAGCCACGCAUUCCCCGCCCCCUCCUCCUUCCCAGCUUCGCUGUCAACCGGCUAUUUACCGCCCGCGACUGCGCGCCUUCGCUUUGGCCCCGCGCCUGCCCCGCCCCCCCGUCCUGCCCGUCCCCCGACGCCGGGGGCCCGGCCCCACGCGGCGCCGCAUCGACGACCAGGCCUCGCCCGCGCCGCCGGGGGGUAACGGCAAGCGCGGCAUGGCGCGCCGCGGCGGCCUCGUCCGCCUGCUCGUGACGCUCAUCCUCCUCCUACUAGCGCCGCUCCUCGCCGCCGCCGCCGCCGAGGCCGCGGCGCCGGCGCAGAACGCGUCCGAGGAGGCGGAGGCGGAGCAUCCUCCGCCGCACAUCCUGCCGCGCCCCCUCAUCAUCGAGCUCCCGUCCUCGGCCGCGGAGGAGGCGCUGGGCGAGGUGCCGGCGGAUGCCGUCGCGGCGUCGUUGGAGGUGGAGCUCGACCUGGUGCCGGCCGCCCCGGCGCAGGAUGCUUCCGAGGACGUGGCGGCGGCGGACGCGCAGCAGCAGCACCUGCCGCGCCCGCUCGCCAUCGACCUCCCGCCGUCCUCGGCGGCGGGGCCGCGGGGCGGGGACGACGUGCCGGCAGACGUGCGCUGCGCGAGCUGGCGCCUCGCGGCGGAGGCCAACAACCUCGCGCCGUGGAAGGCGGUGCCGCCGGGGUGCGCGGCGCACGUGCGGGACUACGUCACGGGCGUCGCCUACCGCUCCGACCUCGAGCUCGUCGCGCGGGAGUCCGCCGCCUACGCGCGCGCCGCGCCGCUCCGGGGCGACGGCCGCGACGCCUGGGUGUUCGACGUCGACGAGACGCUGCUCUCCAACCUCCCCUACUACGCCGACCACGGCUACGGGCUUGAAUUGUUCGACCACCAGAAGUUCGACAGGUGGGUGGAGAGGGGCGAGGCGCGUGCGAUCCCCUCCAGCUUGGAGCUGUACAAUGAGGUUCGCGAGCUUGGGUUCAAGACCUUCUUGCUCACGGGCAGAAGCGAGGGGCACCAGGGCGUCACCGUGGAGAACCUCAAGAAACAGGGGUUCCAUGAUUGGGACAAGCUCAUACUCAGGGCGGCAUGUGACCGCGAGAAAGCUGCGACAGUCUACAAGUCAGAAAAGAGGAAAGAAAUGGAAGAAGAGGGGUACAGGAUUCUAGGCAACUCUGGUGACCAAUGGAGCGAUUUGCUGGGAUCGCCCAUGAGCGUUCGCUCCUUCAAGCUCCCCAAUCCAAUGUAUUAUAUCCCAUGACAGAUACUGAAAAUAGGGCGGGUGAAAAUGCCGUGUUUUAUUUGAUGCAUUUUUCACCAGGCCCAAUUCAACAUCAUGCUGACUGAUGGAAACUGAGAAUAAUCUGGCAAUGGAAUUUAAAUUGUACAAAAGCUUCACUAGCUCCAUGUAGUAUACUGCAUACAUUGUCUGUAAGUUCGAAAUGCAAAGAGUUACUUUAUGAAUAAUUGGUUGAAAUGCGACGAGUUACUUUGUGAAUAA